AUGAGUUCGCCGGCCUCAGACAGGACAGAGGGACCAGGUUUGGGCUGCUGGGGACACGGCGAGGAGCUGAGGGCUCACGAAAGUACCGGGACAUGGCGAGGUGGCCACCAAGCCGAAGCACUGCAGGUCUCGGGCCCGGGGGUCCCUGCCCGGAGCCGGGGGAGCUCGGGGUGCCGCCUGUGCUCUGCCGGGGGGACCGUCCUCGGGGUGGCCGGGGCAGCGUGUCCAGCCCCGCGGCGUGGCUGCUUUCCUUACAAGGAGUUUGGCUGGAGCCCGAGCAGCGGGAGCCGCGCUCGCCUCCGCCUGCCUCAUUCAUCGCAGCCCCGGCCGUGCAGGGGCCGCUGCUGCCCCGGCCCCGCGCUCACGGAGAGCCCCGCGUCCCCUCCGGCCGUGGGUUUUAAGGUGGGAGGACCGAGGAUGUCCUCGAUGUUCGGCAAACCCCGAAACAGCAGCGAGCGGCCGCCCCAGAGUCCCCUCCCCGAGUGCAACGUGGCCAUCCUGGGGUGCAGAGGGGCCGGCAAGUCAGCUCUGACCGUGAAGUUUCUAACCAAGAGGUUCAUCAGUGAAUAUGAUCCCAACUUGGAGGACACCUACUCCUCAGAGGAGCUGGUGGACCAGCAGCCUGUGCUCUUGAAGGUGAUGGACACUGCUGACCAGGAUGGCCCCGGGAACUGCGAGCGCUACCUGUGCUGGGCCAGCGCCUUCCUGGUCGUCUACAGCAUCGACAACAGGAAGAGCUUCGAGGGCUGCCAGCGCUACCUGGAGGUGCUCGCCCUGCACACGCAGGGCUGCCAGCGCCGCUGCCCCGUGCUCCUGCUGGGAAACAAGCUGGACAUGGAGCAGUACAGGCAGGUGCUCUCAGCAGAAGGGAUGUCCCUCGCCAGCAGGUUUGGGUGCCUCUUCCAUGAGGUGUCAGCGUGCCAGGAUUUCGCUCGGGUGCAGCACAUCUUCCACGAGGCCGUGCGGGAGGUGCGGCGCCAGGCAGAAUGGAACCUCCCCGUGCGGCCACUCUUCAUCUCUGAGGAGCGGCCCUGCCUGCCCGUGGCCACGCCGGUGGCCCUGCCCACCCACCACAGCUUGGCCACCUGCACCUUCAACACCCUCUCCCCUGUCAACUACAAGGAAAUCCCCUCGGUGGCCCAGGCCAAGCUGGUCACCGUCAAGUCCUCACGGGCUCAGAGCAAAAGGAAGGCUCCCACGCUCACCUUGCUGAAAGGCUUCAAGAUAUUUUAGGACACAUCCCUGUGGGCUGCAGAGAGGGAGAAGAGAGACCCUCAUCCACCCCCCAGCUUCACAGCAGAUGGGACCUUCUAUGAUGGACUCACAGGCACUACAGCAGCUGCUGGCAGACGGUGGCCCCGGUCUCCGUGCCGGGGCAAAGCCAGCAGUGGCAACCUGGCGAGCAGGCAGAGUGCCAAGGGUCUGACAUGGGCUGUGGCAUCGCUCUGCCUGCCCCUGCCCGAUGCUGCUGUGGUGUUUGCACCCUGUCCUGCCACUGCCACUGGGGCCAGCCCAGUUUUCUGUGAGGAUGCAAAAGCUCCCAAAGGAGCCAGAGCUGUGGAUACCAUUGGGAGGGGAAGGGCCAACCCCAUGGCCACCAGCCAGCUUGGGCACCUGGCCCACAGCUACAGGAGCCCAGGAAUGACGAACUAAUCAUUAAUCCAGCAUGGAGGCACCCAUCUCGUUCAUCCCACAGAUACCCGACUAAGCAAUAAGUAGGAGGAGUUUUUAUUUUUUUUUUAAAUCCAGAUAAAAAAGGUGCAGAUACUGUUUCAGCUGCUUAAAGGCCUAAGGUGGCCUGAAACUCAUACCUGCACAUCAAGCUAAGUCACACCAAAAUUGCUGCUUUUUUGCUCAACUAUUUUACACUAUAGCAUCCCUUUCCAAAGUCUUUGCAAAGAGAUGCUUUGCUGACAAGGACGUGGUCUGCAAAGCCCGUGUUUAAAAGACUGAUGUAUUUCCAAUAAUGUCCUAAAUUAUUUCAUGGUUUCUACACAUGCCCAGUGGAGGACACAAAGGGAAUCCUGGAGCAGACCAGGCUCUACCUGUGCCCAAGCCAGGGUCAAGGGCUAGAUAUUUGGUUUUAGGUGCUCUAUCAGAGUAAAUGUUCUGCUUCUCCAUGGAGUCGCAGUUGCUUUGCAGAGUAAAAUAUCCAUGUGUAUAUUUGUACAUAUAGCCAUAUAAAUAUAUAUAUAUGACCUUACUGACAGAGAGAUUUAAUAUGGCAUUUUGAUCAACCACUUUGGAAAGUAUUUUAAUAAAGAGGAUUC